CGUAAACGUGGACAAAACGCAUUUCGAUGGAGAUUUUGUUCAUUUUAGCGACCCACGUGUUAGAGCUUGGUGUUGUUUACAAGGUUUUUAUAAAACUAGAAUAAAAGUAUUGUUUUCGAAAAAAAAGGGUUAGAAGGGGAGCAUAUUGUUGGUGAUAGUGUUGAUAGGGGCAGUAGGAAAAGAAAAAGACAUAUAAUAAGCCGUGAGAGAAAAAAGCAAAUAAGGUAUUCAAAUUUGGAUAUCAAUCUCGACAAUUUUGACGUAGUUUGUGAUCAUAAAAAUGCUAAUUUUAAAUAGAAUUAUCAAAACAAGCUCUGCUAGAGAUUCGCCAAACGUUUUUUGAGCACCCUGACAAAAUUAAGCAGGAUAACUUACUUGCUAGCUACAUGUAUAUUAAGGAGCCACAAAGAAAACGAAAUCGAAAAGAAAAUGGAAAGCCGCAUAAUUUUUCCGUUAAUUAUUUCGUGUUUCUUAAAGGUACUAAGAAACAAAUUUGCCAGAAACUCUUUCGGGCUCUGUUCAGCGUUUCCCAAAGGCGAAUAAACACAAUUUCUAAAAAAAUUAAAAUUGGUUCAACCCUUACUGAAAAAAGAGGAGGAGAUAGAAAGUCUCACAAGUUUGCAAAUAAAUUUAAUAAGGUAAAAAAAUUUAUAAGCAAUCUUAAAGGCAAAGAAAGCCACUACGGCCGUGCCAAAUCAAGAAGAAUUUACUUAUCUGCCGAAUACAGUAUUGCCAAACUUUGAAAAAUCUAUAAUCAAAAUGUGUCGGCUGAUAAAAAAGUAAAUUAUAAAUACUUUAGUAGAGUUUUCAAUAAUCACUUUAAUAUAGGCUUUGGUAGCCCGGCUACGGAUGUAUGUAAUUUUUGUGUUCGAACUGCAACACAAAUCUGUAAUGCCAGAAAUAUUAUUGACAAAAGUGAACUGCAGACCAAACUAAAAGUUCAUAAGGUUAGAGCAUCUCAGUUCCACAAAAUAAUGAAGGAAGAACUACCUAGCUCAGUGUCUUUUUGUUUUGAUUUGCAGCAAGUGCAGGUUCUUCCAAAAGUUCCCAUACAAGAUGCUUUUUAUGCACAGCAACUUUCAAUUUACUUUUUUUGCAUUACAGCCACUAAUUGUAAAAAUCCAGUUUUUUAUUCAUGGAUGGAACACCAAGCUGGUAGAGGGGCCACAGAAAUUUCAUCAGCAGUACUUGAUUUUUUAAAAAGAACUAAUUUUGCCCCUAACGUAGACACUCUUCGGCUCUUUUCUGAUGGAUGUGGGGGGCAAAAUAAAAACAGCUUUAUCAUCCACAUGCUUAUGUUAUGGCUGCACAGCUUUGCUCCAGAAACAAUUAAGAAGAUAGAGGUUAUCUUCCCAGUCCGAGGACACUCUUACCUUCCAGCAGACAGAAUUUUUGGGAGGGUGGAAGAGAUCCUAAAGCGACACGCGGUCAUAAAAACACCUGAAAAAUAUUGUGAACUUUACAAACAAGUAGCAGAAAUUAUUAAACUUGGAACGAAUUGGUCAUUGAUUAAUAUCAAAAAAGCUUCAGUCUCUUUAAAGAAAGUAAUAGGAAUUAGCUUAAGUAAGAGAAUAAUCAUUAAAAGAGGUACGGUCUCAAAAGUGGUGGUAAAAUCUGAAUCUUUAUAUCGGACGGAUGAUCCAGCAAAAAAAUUCCAAACUUUGCUAAAAGCCAAAAAGCGCUUGGAUCAAAUCGUUCUUUCUGAAGUACGGCUUGGACAUGAAAUAAAACAGAAAAAAAUUGAUAGUUUAAAAAAAUUACUUGUUACGUUAUCUGGUGACAAAUGGUACGACACAGACCCUGAGUUAAGAUGGAUGGCUGAAAUAUUUGAAAAUCUUGCUGUAAGCCAUAAUGAAGAUCAAGAGUACGAAGAUGGUGAAGAAGCUUGCGAAUGCGCUGAAACUGAUGAAAAUAACUUCAUUUAAAAUUAAAAAAAAAACAAGAGAUAUUGUUUUUUUGUUUUGUUGACAUGUCUAAUAAUUUUGUUUUGUUUCAUGUUUAUGUUUGAUCAGAAUACUUUUUCAUUUAAGACAGUUUAUUCAUUUUGUAAAAUUAUAAUGACAUUCAAAUUGC